AUGGCGUCCGCGUUCCAGGAUACGUGGCAAACUGCGCUCAUUCUCGAAAAAGCGCUUUUCAAGAGCCUUGCCGAAAAAGAGCCCACGUUUGCCGAAAUCUCCCAUCACCUGUCGGAACUUCGCUCCGCUUGCCAAAAUGCUAUUCUUCAGGACCUCGACGCCGCCCGCUCCGUGGAUGUCGAAGGACGCCUCUGGGAUAGUCAUCUCAAAAUCAACACUCGAUUUCGUAAAUUGCUGUCUCGCUUCCGCGAGGAAAACGGGAAGAAGAAGAAACCGGUAGAGAAACGGAAGCUCGAGAAGCACUACCUCGAAUUCAUCAAAUCCAGUCAGCGAUUUUAUCGAGGCUACAUCCAACAAUUGUCCUCCCAUGUCGGUGGGAUUCCGGAGCUGGAAAAGGUUGCCCGGAAAUUCAAUUUCGACAAUCUGUCGGCGGAGCCGCCCUUGCAACCUACGGAAGCCCUCAGAAAGCGGAUCCUUCAAUCAUGCCAUGCGACCUUGAUCCGCCUAGGCGAUCUUUCCCGCUAUCGCGAGACCGAGUUGGUCACCAAGGAGCGCAAUUGGGGCCCCGCGAUUGGCUAUUACGACCUGGCCACUCUGAUCUACCCAGCCUCUGGCGCGUCGCAUAACCAGCUAGCAGUCAUUGCAUUGGCUGAUGGCAAUCACCUUCGAGCUACGUAUCAUUUGUAUAGGGCUCUAGCAGCCCAGGAGCCGCACCCGUCAGCUAAGGGUAACCUGGAGAUUGAGUUUAGGAAAGUCAUGAAUGCAUGGGCUAAGCGGGAGCUGAUCCGUCCCGAAGAUGCUGGGAUUCCCGGCAAGGCAUUGGCUCCUUGGUUUGUAUAUCUGCAUGCGCAAUGUUACAAGGGUAGCGAUUUCCUCGAGCAUGACGAGCUGGAGAGCGAAGUACUCAAUCAACUCGCUGUUGACUUGAAGGAACGCUCACUCGAAGGCACUUUACAAAAAUUUGUUUUGAUAAACAUCAGCGCAGAAGAAUUCUCCAGGUUACGCUCGAAUGAAGAGUCCGUGUCCAAUGCGCGCGCUUUCUUUCAGCGGCUCAAUGUGAAGACGUUCUUCACCCUGCUUCAGAUUCUUCUUGCAGAAGUUGAGCGAUUUGCGGUUGAAGACUCGAGCAACAAGGACGCGCAGACCGGUCCUGACAAGGUCACUGUGGUCGCUCGUCGGGUUCUCCCCGCACUCCGAAACUACAGCUCCUGGUUACUCACGGUCAGCCACUUGCUAGCAGCGCAUAAACAAGAAAGGGAUACACCUCUGGCGGUUCAAAUCACGGAGUUUUGGAAGAUAUACGCCAACACAUUGACUCUUCUGGCCUCAACUUUCGACGUAGUGCAUCUUCCCGAAAUCGACUAUCUCUUGGAAGAAGAUGAAGAGACUCUGGCCUUUGCGCCCCUGAGCAAAGACACAACUUCUCGCAGAUACCUGGGUUCCAACGGUCAACAGAAGCCUCGAAUGAAUGACCCAGGUGUGGAACGUAAUCACCCCAACAUGGAAAUGUUUUAUCGAAUCCGCGAGUUUGUGAUCGAUGGCUUGGAUUUGGUAGUCAGCAAUAAGAUUCCCAUCGCACUCGUUGAUGACGAAGACAAGAAGACUUUCAUCUACAAGGAAGAAGACCUCCCUUCGCAGUUUUUUGCGAGUCCCCCGGGGCACAGUCAUACGCUGUCCUCCGCGAGAGUUGAACGGGAGGAAAUACAACAAGCGAACCGUGAUGUCAACCAGGCCCCAGAUGCUCCGAGUGUUUACGGUGGAUCGCAGUCGGCAUCGAUGUCUGCUAGUAUGAACCGCAUACUCGAAGGCGUGGAACGUUUGGUUGAGUCGGACACGUACGAGAACGCUCCGAGCGUGCCAGAAAGUCUGACUCUUCCGCAAAGUGCUAGCCGGCAGCGGCCAUCAAGUCAGUACUUCGAUCCGAGCACGGAAACAAUCUUCCGCGAGGAUUUUCUUCCUCGGCAGACUCCGGUUGCCCCUCCAGGACUUCCACCGCCCGUGGCCAGCGGCUCGGCCCCUCUUGCCCGUGUUUCGUCAUCCCAGUCCUAUACUGCACGACCUGCGCUUCCCAGCAUCCCCAGCAUCUGGAACACAUCCCUAUCUUCCAGCCUCGGUGGUGAUGCUCCCUCUCCUCGGACGCCUCCCGGGCUCGGACAUCAGUACCCAACUCAUUCACUGUCGGGAAGCAUCGGCAGCCCGUCAAGUCACUACCCAUCUCACGAGUCACUUACGAACGAGCUAUUGCUUCGCCAGAGUCUGAUGAACCAAGUUCCAGCCGCUGGAUACCUUCACCGCAUCCCCGGCCCAGGCACGGUUCCCUCUUCCUGGAUACCCUCCUCGAGUCCAUCAACGCAGAGCCACCGGCUUUCCGGUCUUGCAUGGGACCGAGCACUUCUAGACACGGGCGUCAGCGGGGGAUCGAUCGCUCUCCCCAACAACCAACCGUCGGCAUCAGCACCAAACAUGGGCUCCCCUAGCGGUUUAGUCAACUCAUCGUGGGCCAAUGAUGCCUUCCUUGCCAGCACCUUGUCCUCCGGUGCAGGCUACUCUAGCUCUUCUGGCUUCAACAGCAGUGCCCGCCAAUCUUCUCCACAGUACGGUGCUAUUGGUCAGAAUAGCACUCGCUAUGGUCACGGCGGUUGA